AUGAACCGAUCAGGUGCCGGGCCCACUAGUAAUGCCUCUACCAUCUCUUUUUCUGACGAUGUUUGGGCCUACCUUGAACUGCGCCGUGGCAUGCGCCAGACAGAUAUCAACAUCCUCGCCCCCGCCAGCGCCAUCUACAUUAUCAUCUUCAUUCUCGGCUUUUCCGGCAAUCUGAGCCUUCUCUGGCUCAUUGUCUCCAACCGAUCAUUUCAUACGCCAACAAACUACUAUCUGGUCAACCUCAGUGUCUCUGACCUGCUGGUGCUGAUGCUAGGCCUGCCACACGAUCUCUACACCAUGUGGUCCCGUUACCCCUAUCUCUUCGGCGAGAUCGGUUGCCGUGUUCGCGCUCUCCUCUCC